AUGUUUAGUACCCACCUUCUUCUCAGGCGGAAUCAGCUGCUGGAUGAGCUCCGCAAGAAGGAGGCGCAGGAGUGCACCUUUCAGCCCAAAACGCUGCCGCGGGGCAGCCCGCGGACCUUCUCUCGGCCGGACACCACAGGCGAGGGCAAAUGGGUCCAGCGCUUGGACCAGCGAAUGAGGAGUCAGCGUUUGAAGCAGGUCGAGGCACAGCACUAUGCUGAGCUAACACUCAAGCCGAAGAUCAGCCCUUAUGCGCAGGCAUGGAGUCAAAAGCAGGCAGAGGCUGGGGCUGACGUCAGCGUCUUCGAGCGUUUAUACCAAGCCUACCUGCGGCAGGAGGAGAAGAAUGCCAAGCGUGACCGUGACUCCGAGGUUGAGAGUCACUCGCCCAAGACAUCGCCCAGGAGGAUUCCCACCUCCGAGCUGCUCUAUAGCGACGCGCUGGACCGCCGGGAGCGGCUUCGCAUCAUGGCGGAGCAGAUGCAGAUCCGUCGGGUGGAGGAAUCCAAGGAGAGGUGUGCUGUCCUCAACAAGUCCAGAAGAUACUACUGGCAGAUGUUGGAGAAGCAGAUCAGGGGCGCCUUCGAGUCAGCCGCCCAGGGACCACUGCUUCCCCAGGCUUUGCUGGAGGACUUUCUGGUGGGCUUCAAGUGCAUGAAGCCAAGGCUGGGAGCAGAAAGUUCGAAUGGUCAUGGUUUGGUGCGGUUGGGAGGGGCUGCGGCCGCCCUGCUGGCCGCGCCUGGCUUUGUAGCGCCGGGCGCAGCGCGCCACGGCCAGGCGCCAGCAUCGCUGGCGGCUGGGGCAGUGAUUGGCGCCGCGGCGGCGUCGCGUGUUGAAGCUUUCUCGAGCUCAUCGCCGAGUGCACAGAGGUCCCUGAGAAGAUUGCAGCGGAAAUUGAGAAGGGAUGAACGAUGGGGCAAGCAAAGGUCUGAGUUGAUUCUCGCCACAGCGAAUCUGAGGCCUUGCAGCUUGCAAGGCUUGCGCCUCAUCCAAGCGGUCGGAGCUGCAACUGAGGGUUGCGUGCAGGGCGCCCUGCAUCUUGUGGGAUGUUGA